UUCACCAGCCAUUGUAGAUUGACGUGCGGGUCGCGAUCAGUUCACAAAGUGUUCGAUAAUUCAAGUUCUAUUCUCUUUAUUCUACUCAUAUUUAUUAAGAGAAAGAUUUGCAUUCAGUUUGUUUAAACUACAAAAAUGCCUGCACCAGAAGCUGAUUGUCACAAUCGCAAGGCUAACUUUAAAUACAAUUAUAAACAAGAGGAAGCACGAAGGAAGAGGAAUGAAAUAUCUAUAGAAUUGCGUAAAGCUAGAAAAGAUGAACAGUUAUUAAAGCGGCGUAAUUUGAAUGUAGGCAAAGAACUUCCAAGUCCUAUAGAAGAAAGUAAUAUUUCACCCAUUUCUACAUCCAUAGAAGAAAUUGUCAAUGGAAUGCAAUCUUCAGAUGAAACAAUUCAACUUCAAGCAACACAAGCAUGUAGAAAAAUGUUAAGCAGGGAAAAGAAUCCUCCCAUAGAUACUAUGAUAAAACGUGGAAUUGUUCCAUUAUGUGUUAAAUUUUUGGAUUAUCACCACAAUGAUUUACUGCAGUUUGAAGCAGCAUGGGCUCUUACCAAUGUAGCAUCUGGUACAUCAGAGCAAACUCAUGUUGUUGUUCAACAUGGUGCUAUACCAAAAUUGGUUGCAUUGCUUAAAUCUGCAUCAGCUAAUGUUGCUGAACAAUCAGUAUGGGCACUUGGAAAUAUUGCUGGAGAUGGUCCAGUGGCACGUGAUCUGGUUCUUGGACAUGCAGCUAUGCCAAUUUUAUUGGAGUUAAUUAAACCUGAUACUUCUGUAACUUUUACUCGCAAUAUCGUAUGGACACUAUCAAAUUUGUGUCGUAAUAAAAAUCCACCACCUUCAUUUCAAAUUGUACGAACUGCUCUUCCAGUGUUAAACCGUUUGCUCAGUAAUAGUGACAAAGAUAUACUUGCUGAUGCUUGUUGGGCUCUUUCAUAUCUUACUGAUGGUUCUAACGAUAAAAUACAAGCGGUCGUUGAAUCUGGAGUUAUUGCAAAACUUGUAGAACUACUUGCUUCACCCGAAGCAUCAGUUUUAACACCAGCACUCCGCGCAGUUGGAAACAUAGUUACAGGCAAUGAUACUCAGACAGAUGCAAUAAUAUCAGCAGGUGGUUUACAACACUUAGGAUUAUUACUGCAACAUCAUCGCGUUAAUAUCGUUAAAGAAGCAGCGUGGGCUAUCAGUAAUAUUACUGCUGGUAACAUGGAACAAAUUCAACAUGUUAUAAAUGCUGGAUUAAUACCGCCUUUGAUACAUAUUUUAGAAUCUGGAGAUUUCAAAUCUCAAAAAGAGGCAGCAUGGGCAAUAACAAAUUUAACUUCAGGUGGAUCAGUACAGCAUUUAGCCUUAUUAAUACAGUCGGGAGUGUUGCCACCAUUUUGCAAUCUGCUGGAAGCUAAGGAUUGGAAAACAGUGGUCGUUGUUCUUGAUGGUUUAACUAAUAUUUUAAAUGCAGCAGAAAAAAUGGGAGAAGUUGUACGGGUUGCUAUUAUGAUAGAAGAAGUUGGAGGUUUGGACAAAUUGGAAGUUCUUCAGAAUCAUGAAGUAGAACAAGUAUAUCAAAAAGCUAUUGCAAUGAUAGAUAACUUCUUCUCGGAAGCGGAUGCCGAGGAAUCUACAUUGACACCUACGGCAGGUGAUGCUCAGUUAGAAUUUAAACCAACUGAGGCAACACAAAAGGGUUUCAACUUUUAA